CACGCAGCUUCCCAAGGCAGGUCUCGUCGAUCUGGGCCCGUAACAAAAAACCACAAAAAGGAGGCAAACAUGGUUCACCUCCUCAACUCCUACGUCGACAAGCGCGUCGUGAUAAUGACGACGGACGGCCGCAUGUUGAUAGGCACGCUCAUCAACUCGGACAACCAAGCCAACAUUAAAAACCGCCUCGGACCGCCCCCGCCACAGAUCCUUUACAACGUUACAGAGCGCCACAUUGCACCGGCAGACGGCGAUGAAGACUCCGUCGACCGGCCGUCGGUAGGCACCGAGAUCAUCCGCGGAUCGACGAUACUCGUGGUCGGGCUGGUGGACGAAGAGCUGGAGGGGUCCAUCGACUGGACCAAGGUCAGGGGUGAACCCAUUGGGGAUACAUAUAAUCCGUGA